GUAGCCACCUUGACAUUUUCUUCUGGUCCGGUUGUGCACUUUGUAGUGCAUUGUGGAGGUGUGAUUUUCAUAAAUUAAUUGCCAAAUUACUCUUUUGUGUGCUCCAAAUUUUCUGCUAACGUUAAAAUAUGGCAGAUCUAGAUGAUUUUUUUGCCAAAAAAGACCGAAAGAAGUCCAAAAGUACAAAAAAAUUCGCGACCACGGAAGAAGUAGCAAAAAAGUUGGAAGACAGUGCGAAGAAGACUGAGAAAUUGAAGAAAGAGCGGGCCCCUGGUGAAGGAGAAGACAGUGCUGCACCUAUCCACGAACAAGACGAAUGGAAAGACUUUGAAGAAGAGAAAAAAGACUACACCGGUUUGAAAAUCGGUAAUCUAGCCAUCACGACUACUGCGGAGGGCACUCCGGGAACCAAGGAACAAACUACGGAACAGCAGCAAGAGGAAGAAUCCGCCCAAGAGAUAGAUAGAAAGGCAGGGCCCUGGAGGCGUAUAGACAGCGAAGUCCAAGAAGAAAUUCCCGUCAAAGUUGUUGAAAAGAAACCAGAGACUCUCCCAAAUGUCACUAAAGGGACUUACGUGCCCCCGGGAAUGCGUAAUAUGGGUAACCAACAGCAGGCCCCACCAAGUCGGAUGAAGACAAAAACAGCCCCUGACAUACACAAUGAGGAGUUUUUCCCAACUCUUUCCAAAACCGGUGGAGACUACAAAAAGAAUCGUAGUGAAGGCUCUUUCGAAGUGGUGCAGCACAAUCGAUCUUCCUCACACAGACAAGUGGAGUUAUCGAAGAUCAGUUCGUCGCAGGGCCCCAAGCUGAGCCUCGGAAACCGUUAUAAUACUCUCAGUAACGAUAGCUAGUGUUGCUAUCAACUCCUAGGGACAUGUUAAUAUUGAGUGGUGGCCAUGGAAGAUAUCCGUUUCGCCUGAUUCACACCAUCGGCUCGGCAAAAGUUUGAGAUUACGAAUCAAAUCUCGCUGAAUCAACCGUUGUAUAAUUCUUUUGUGAGGACUUUUCUGUCUGUUUUGAUGGUGUGAAUCAGGCGGUUGGUAAUGUCUUGUAAGAAACCUAUUGAAAUUUUCGCAUCCAGUCGUUGUUUUUCCAUUCCCUGAUUGUGCCGAUCUGUUGACUAAAUUUAUGUUGCAUCCCGUUCUAACGCCCUCCACCGAGGGUUUCAAAUUGUGGCUUUCGAUUUUUGAAGAUCAUUACUAGAUUUUUUUUUUUACAAAAUAAAUUAUAUUAUUUCCA